AUGAAAAAAACAUAAAAAAAUGAAGAACCUUUAAGAGAGAAAUUAUCCUAAACAAUGUUUAAAGGAAACUUCGACAAUAAUUAGCCAAUCUUAAUAAAAGGAUUAGGUUAAGAAUUCUCAACAAACAUUCUUGAAAACAUGUAAAGAACUCAUUCUUUUUCGAAACCAUAUCAACACAAAGUUUAAGAUGAUAACUAAAAUUAACCUAAAACGCCAACAAUGAAAAACGAUAUGAUAAUGAAUUCAUCAAUAUAUAUAAAGAAACCUUUAAAAGCAAUACCAAAAAUUUCAAGGUUCAUAGGAGAAGCAAAAUGGCCAUUUUUCAGAGUAAAAAGAGAUGAAAUUGUUAAAUAAUUUUGGAAUAGGCGUACAUAGUAAGACCACAAUAAAAAUUGGAAUAGCGAAAAAUAUUUAUUUGAAGGGAUAAUGUUAAGAAUUGGAAGAAAGAAAAAAAGUAUAAAAGGAUAUUAUUUUAAACUGACAUAUUCUGGAAUGCUAAUGUAUUUCAAAAAAGUAAUUUUUAAUAAAAUUUUUAUAGGAGGCAGAUAAAGAUCCAAAAGGGUAUGUAUAAUUGAGUAUGGAUAGUAGAGUGAUAAUUUCAUAUUAAAAAACAAAGAAAGGAUUAAAUGUGCCAGUUUUAUAUUUAGAAAGAGUUGAAGGAAUAGGAAUAUCUAUAUUUGAUCAUUAAAUUGAAUAGACAUUAAAAUUAUGUGAAUCUCUCUAAGAAUUUUGUUUAAUGAGAGGAUAUGAUAGCGUAUAUACGUAAAUAGAUACUCUUGGAAGCGGGGCAUUUGCUACUGUUUAUAAGGUUUAAAGAAAGAGGGAUGAAUAAAUAUUUGCAGCUAAAGUCAUUUAUAGAAAUAUGUUUGAAGAAAAUAAACAUAAAGAUAAAUUCAUAGUAUAAAAUUAUUAAACAUAUUAGUGCAGUAAAUGGUAUAUAAUGAAGUUAUAGCUUUAAAAACAUUAAGUCAUCCAGGAAUAGAAUAAAUAUAUGAAGUUUAUUAAGAAAAAGAUAAAUUAGUUAUCAUUAUUGAAUAUUGUUAAGGAGGUACUUUAUAUCAAUUUUACAAAUCCAAAGGAAAAUUAUAAGAAAAAUAAAUAGCAUAAUUGAUGAAAGGAAUUUUAGAUGCUCUUUUUGAAAUGCAUUCUAAUGGAUUUGUACAUAGAGAUUUGAAGUUAGAAAAUAUAAUGAUGGAAUCAAAAGAUCAUUUUCAUAUAAAAUUAGUUGAUUUUGGAUUUGCAGAAGAAAUAAAUGAAAAAGAAUUAAUAAGUAAAGCAGGUACACCUGGAUUUUUAGCUCCAGAAAUAUUUAGAGGUUAUCCAUAUACUUAAAAAGGAGAUGUAUUUAGUGCUGGUUGUAUAUUAUAUAUAGUAUUAAUAAAUAAUUAUAAUAGUUGACUGCAGGAUAUGCUCCAUUUAGAGGAAAACCAAGUUAAAUCUAAAUAUUGAAUUCAAAAUGUUAAGUGAAUUAUGAAAAAUCUCCUUGGCCUGAUGUCAGUAUUGAAUUAAAAAGUCUCGUAAAGAAAAUGUUAGAGCCAAAAUAAGAAGAUAGAUUCACAACUUUAGAAGCUUUAGAAUCUUCAUUUAUUUCUCAUUAUACAAAAUUAACAUCAGAAACAAAUUAUAAAUCAUUUUAGAUGGUUUCUGGAUUAGAUUUUCACAAUAAAUAGUCUGUAAAGAGUAUUAAAAAUUCUGAAUCUGGUGGAUCUAAAUAAAGUAAGGAGUUUUAAUUAGAUUUUUCCAUACAUACUAAUGAUAUCAAAUCACUUUAUUAAAAAAACUCAAUAAAAACACUUUAAUCCUAAAGAUCAGGAAGGGGUACUAUAAAAUAAAGUAUGAUACUAAAAUAAUCAAUAUCUGUUCCAAAAGAUGCAAUAAUUGAAUAAUAUUAAUAAAAGAGAAAGCAAAGUCAUCCAGAUAGAUCAAGUUAUAAAGACUCUGAUAAUGAGAUAGAUUCUUUUGGAGAAUUGCUUAAAUGUAAUAUCAAUUAGAUUCUAUAAAAUAGUAUAAUCGUUGAAAUUCACAACAUUUGAUGAUUUUGAUGCUUUAAAUUUUUCAUAAAUAAAUUUUUUAUCAGAGUCAUGCUAGUAAUUCAAUAAGAUUAAAAGACCAUGGUGA